CUUCAUCAAAAGAAGUUAGACCGGGAAAACGCGCGCUUCGUUGCAAACCAACAUUAUAUUCAAACCUUGUACAUGUUGAAAAUAAAGUGUGUGUGUCUCUUUAUUUAAUAAUAAAGAAAAACAAAAUUAAAUUCGAAAGUGUUCAAGUGUUCCAAGCUCACGAUCUGUGGCAUUACAAGUUUUGCAAGAAACAAUAAUAAAACAAAUAGAAAGAAAAAUUAUAAAAGAAAAACAAAUUUUAGUUCCAUGGAAAUAAAUUAACGUUAUGAUGACACUUUGAACUUGUCCCAUCAAAAUAACAAAACAAAUAAAAUUACAAACAAAGACCUCUAGAAAUGCUAGAGUGGUAAAAAUAACCAUAGUAAUGGUUGAGUAAAUUUCAUCGUAUUCGUAAGAUACUAACUAACAUACAUACAAAUGUAUUAAAAAGGAAAGUGUUACUCUGCUGGUGGAGUACUAAAUUGCUACAGGUUUUUGGUUGCUGCUAUUACUAGUAUUGUUGUAGUUGGCAGUUUGUGCUUUAGCACGAUCAUAAGAAUGUCUUCCGAUCGUUUUCACAAGGCAGCUAAAGAUGGUCUUUUAGAUGUUUUAAAAGAAGCCACACGUAAAGACGCUAAUUCAAAAGAUGAUGAUUCUAUGACACCCGUUUUGUGGGCCUCAUUUGAAGGACAUUUAGAAGCAUUGCGCUUAUUAUGUGGUAGAGGUGGUGACCCCGAUAAAUGUGAUCAGUUUGGUAACACAGCCCUACAUUUAGCAUCGGCUAAGGGACAUUUGCGUUGUGUGGAUUUUUUGGUAAAAUUUGGUGUCAACAUCUACGCUUUGGAUAUAGACAAACAUAGUGCCAAAGAUUUGGCAGCUAUUAAUAAUCGAGAUGAAAUUUUACGUUAUUUGGAUGCGGCUACAGCCAACUUUGAGGCAAACGACAGAAAAAAAGCUAAAGCUAUGAAAGAAGUUGCCGAAAAGAAUUGUGAAAAACGCAUUAAGGAAUAUAUGAAACGUCAACAGAAACAGGAUCAAGAUUUUAAAGAACUAAAAUCUUCUAUUUCACCCAACAAUGCUGGUAAAUCGGGCAAAAUGUUAUCAACACUAAAGCAGAAAAUUUGGUCGAGUCAAGGAAAUCUGCAUAAAGUUACCAAAGAAGUAUCACCAGGUCCUACAAAUGGCUCAACUAAUGCCGGAGGUGGUGUUAAAUUUAGUGAAUUGGUGCAAACAGGUUCGGGUAGUUGUGGUGGUUCUGUUGCCAGUCGCAAGGGAAAUACAGUAUCGAAAAUGAAAGGAUGUUCUAACAUAGACAGCGGUUUCAAAAUUGGAGAAAUUGAACCGGAUGGCCGGCGUACUAUUACUUCAUUAAGUGGCGUACAAAGAGAUUCUGAAGUUCUCUAUGUGGGCACUUUUAGUUCGAAUGAGGACAACGGCAAACGUGGCAAAAUAAGUGGCCUAUUUGAGGUAGAAGAGGCAUGUAAUUCUGAUACAGAUCAUAUCAAUGGCAAAGCAGGCUAUGGUACUCUUUCAAGAUCAUUUUCACAACCCGAUAUUUUGGCUGACAAUGAGUCUAGUGAUCACUUGAGAUCUGAAAUGACUUUACAAAGACCCACUGGUUUGUUUGAUCGUCCAAUGUUGGGUAGUAUCGCUUUUCGUAGAUCUGUAACGGCGGCUCUUAGCCAGCUAAACACUGAUGCCUACAACAUGGAUCAAGAUACCACAACACAACCUUCGACUCGUACCAAUUCAAUUAGCUCCAAAUCGCGUUCGGGCAAGCAAAGAUCAUUUUUAAAUCUAACUGAUUCUGAUUCCGAUGGUGCCGAAGCUUACAGUGAUGAUGAUGACGAUCAAGAUGUAGCUGGAGGACCAAUACAACGUUUUCUCUGUGUCUGGGGUUUGGAGGAAUAUUUACCUAUUUUUCAAAAGCAACAAAUUGAUUUGGAUACUUUGUUGCUGUUAACCGAAGCUGAUUUAAAAUCUCUUGGUCUACCAUUGGGUCCCUUCCGCAAGUUAAGCUUUGCUAUACAAGAGCGGAAAAAUGCCUUGGCCAAUCCUGGUAUAAUGAAGGAUUCUCAUUUAUAGAAAUUUUAACGAAUUUUCAAUAAUUUAAUUAUAUUUACUGCCUUUUAAGUAACCGCUCACUCAAUUAGUGAUAUCGCUAACAGUUUGUAUUUUACAGUAUUGUACAAAAUUAAAAAAAUUAUAAAGUUGAUAUUAAAACGAAAAACAACAGAUACCUUUUCGAGAAAUUUGCAUUUGAAAGUCGGAGCUCACUUUGCUGAAAUAUUAGCAUAAACCCACAACUGCGAAGAUAUUGUUAUUACCGUUACCUGGCCUUAAUUUAUCUCUAAAAAUGUAUUUAAUUCGAAAUUCGC